AUGAAGAUGAAGCUAUUUCCCCGGCGCAAUGGCACCGAGGCCACCGAGUUAGUUCUGCUGGGACUGACCACUCACCGAGACCUGCAGCCCGUCCUCUUUGUGGUCUUCCUCCUGAUUUACCUCGUCACCCUGGCCGGGAACCGUGGGAUGACUUUAUUAACCAGAUUCACUCCCCAGCUGCAAACCCCCAUGUACUUCUUCCUCACCCACUUAGCGUGCGUAGAUAUGUUUUAUUCUACGAAUGUCUCUCCUCAGAUGCUUGCGCACUUCUUAUCUGAGAAGAAGACCGUUUCCUACGCGGGCUGUCUGGCCCAAUGUUUUGUUUUUGUGACGCUGCUCCUUACUGAGUAUUACAUGCUUGGUGCCAUGGCCUACGACAGGUACAUGGCCAUCUGCAGCCCCCUGCGUUACAACAGCAGGAUGUCCAGGCCACGCUGCAUCUGCCUGGUCACCCUCCCCUCUACCAUGGUGGCCACAAUGCAGGCGAUACUGACCUCUCACUUGUCCUUCUGUGGAUCCAACGUCAUCAACCAUUUCUACUGUGCAGACCCAGCCCUCUUAAUGUUGACGUGUUCUGACACUUACAUAAAGCAAACUGCCCUGUUUGUGUCUGCCGGGAUUAACCUCACAAGUUCCCUCCUUAUAAUCCUCAUCUCCUAUGUUUUCAUUUUUAUCACCAUCACGAGGAUCCGUUCCACUGAAGGGCAGCGCAAAGCCUUCUCCACCUGUGGCUCCCACCUGACAGCUGUCACUAUGUUCUAUGGGUCCCUGUUCUGCAUGUAUCUGAGACCAGCAAACGAGCAAUCUGUUGAACAAGGGAAAAUUGUCUCAGUGUUUUGUAUUUUUGUGAGUCCCAUGCUGAAUCCAUUUAUCUACAGCCUGAGAAACAAGGAUGUGAAACAGGCUUUGAGAAGGGUAUUUAUGAGAAACCUUGGUAGGAUGGGGAAAAGCCCUAUUAAAACAAUUUCCCAAUAAAAAAAAAAAGAAUCUCAAAAACAAUCCAAAAGUAUGCUUUGUUGGUUCUGCCAACAUUGGGAUGCAACUCUUUGGAACAGCAAUCAUAGUUUAGAUGCACGCAGAGCUUGGGAUCGAGUGAGAGCCUAUGGAAACAGAAUGGCAAAGUUGUGUGGAAAUGAUGGUGGGCAAGAAACACAACAGCAGAAGUCAGCUGUUUACGAUUCAGCUGGUUCACGGUUUUAGCGUCACUCAAGAACUGAUUUCCACUUGAUAAGUUAGCAGA